AUGGGUUUUCCUUCAGAUCCCAAGAUCAUUCAAGAGAGUGAAGCAAAGCUGGGGAAGGUGUUGGACAUUUAUGAGGAGAGGCUGUCAAAGAGCAAGUACUUGGCUGGUGAUUUCUUCAGCCUUGCUGAUCUUAGCCACCUUCCGUUUAGCCAACACUUGGUGGCUGAUUUGGGGAAGGAGCAUAUCAUCAGGGACAGAAAACAUGUCUCUGCUUGGUGGGAUGAUAUCAGCAACAGGCCAUCUUGGAAAAAAGUCCACCAGCUUGGGGUGUUUGAAUUUCCUAAACGAUUAUGA